AUGGCGGAAGAACAUUCCGUAGCAGCAUCAGAAGAAGAAACAACAUUCCAGAAUCUUCCCUCCCCAUUGAAAAACAACAAUGUCGUUUUCGUAAACGGCAACCCCGUCCUCGUGGCCCAGCCCCUCACGGUGGUCCGCGCCCUCACCAGCACCGGCGGUGCGCGCGUUCUGGCGGCGCCGCUGAACCCUAACGCGACCAUAACCAAAGUGAAGGAAGAGCCCCAAGAAAAAGAAGAACAAGGAGAAACUGGCUUCAACGUUUCUCAACCUAGGCUUUCGUUCGACAAGUUUCUCAAGGCGACAAAGACGAAAGUCGCGUCCGAAGACGACGCUAUGAAAUCAAUGGCGUCACUCAAAGGAGAAAAAGAAUCAACGAUUCGAACGGUGCCGGAAAUUGUUAAAGUGAAGAAGGAGGUUGUUUUGGAUGAAAUGGAGGCUAGUAAACCCUUCGAGGAACUGAACUUCAUGAACAAACCGGUUGUUGAAGAGAGGAAGAUUCCGAAUCUUGAGGAUGGCGAGUUUCCUGAAGAACCUGGUUGGUUAUUGAUGGGAAGGAAGGUUGAGGUUGCGAUUUCGACCGCGAGAGGAGCAAGGAAGUUGGUGGACAAUGAAAUCGUUCACUUCAAUUUUCCUCUGCCCACGUACUCUAUCAAGUCUCGGUUGAUUGUUCGCAUCUCAACAAAGCGUUCGGGAGAGGUUGGGAGGCUGCCGAUGGAAUGGGCGAAAACUGUGAUUCCACUUGUGCAAUCCGGAAAGGUUAGGGUUCGAGGCCGAUGCAUCGCAGCGCCGGACAAACUGCAGAUGAUGCAGGAGAUUAUGUUGUUAGUGAGCUUUUAUAUUCAUCACUCUGUGUUUUCUGAGCGUGUUGAUACCUCUUGGAGGCUAGAGGCUUGUGGUAAAAUUGAUGAUACAAUUUAUCCAAUCCUUACACUGUUUAAAAUGCUAGAUAUUAAGCCAUCUCAAAAGGCUGAAUUCACCCCUGAGGAUAUAGAUUCUCGGAAGCGGCUGCUCUAUCCAAAGGUUGAGUCAGAUGAAGCUGCAGCAUUGCCUUUGAUCAAGCGAAGAAAGGGCGGUGAACAGCUUCCGGAGCAAAAUGACGAUGAACCAGCUCUUUCAGAGUCAGCUUUGAAUAAACUUGUUGGAACUGCAGAAAUAUAUGACUUGGAGGAGAAAGAAGCCCCAUGGGCACUAACGUGUAAUCUAAAGCCUUACCAGAAGCAAGCUCUGUAUUGGAUGUCAGAAAUUGAGAAGGGAAUGGAUGUGGAGAUUGCUGAGAGGAAUCUGCAUCCGUGCUGGUCAGCCUACAGUAUAUGCAAUGGAAGGACAAUUUAUGUGAACAUUUUCACGGGGGAAGCAACAAAGAAGUUUCCAAAAGCAACACAGAUGGCAAGAGGAGGAAUUCUAGCGGAUGCUAUGGGACUUGGAAAGACUGUUAUGACUAUUGCUUUGAUUCUCAGUAACCCAGGCUGGGGCAACUCAGAAAAAAGGGAUGCAGAGAAUGAUAAUAUUAUAACAAAUAAGAGAAAGAAUGCUAAUUCCUUGUAUAAAGUUAAGGGUGGCACUCUUAUUGUUUGUCCCAUGGCUUUGUUAGGUCAGUGGAAGGAUGAGCUAGAAACGCAUUCAAAAUCAGGUAGUAUAUCUAUAUUUGUUCAUUAUGGUGGCGGUAGAACCAAUGAUCCCGAGUUGAUCUCAGAGCAUGAUGUUGUCUUAACAACCUACGGUGUCCUAUCAGCUUCAUACAAAAGUGAUGGAGACAAUAGCAUCUACCACAGGGUCCAGUGGUACAGGGUGGUGCUAGACGAAGCUCAUAAUAUAAAAGCCCAUAGAAGCCAGACUGCCCAGGCUACUUUUACUUUGUCCUCACAUAGCCGUUGGUGUCUAACUGGAACCCCGCUUCAGAAUAGCUUGGAAGACCUAUUCAGCCUCUUGUGUUUCUUGCGUGUUGAACCUUGGUGCAACUGGGCAUGGUGGCAUAAGUUGGUUCAAAGGCCUUAUGAGAAUGGUGAUCCGAGAGCCCUGAAGUUGGUCAAGGCCAUUUUGAGGACAUUGAUGUUAAGAAGAACGAAGGAAACUAAGGACAAGGAAGUAAGGCCUAUACUUUUUCUGCCACCAACUGAUAUUCAAUUGAUUGAGUGUGAACAGUCAGAAUCCGAAAGGGACUUCUAUGAUGCCCUUUUCGCCGGAUCUAAAGUUCAAUUUGAUCAGUAUGUUGCACAAGGAAAGGUUCUUCACCAUUAUGCCAAUAUCCUUGACCUGCUAAUGCAGUUGAGACGGUGUUGUAACCAUCCAUUUUUGGUUAUGUGUGGAAGUGAUUCCCAGAAAUAUGCAAACUUAAGCAGACUCGCAAGAAGAUUCCUUCAAUCAAAUUCUGAUUCUGCUGCUCAUUCUAUCCAAUCUCGUGCAUACAUUGAUGAGGUUUUGGAGCAUAUUCAAAAGGGUGAAACUGUAGAAUGCUCUAUCUGUAUGGAAUCUCCUGAUGAUCCUGUCUUUACACCAUGUGCCCAUAGAUUUUGUAGAGAAUGUCUAUUUAAUUGCUGGGGUACCUCAGCGGGUGGUAAAUGUCCAAUCUGUCGUCAACCGCUCCAGAAAACUGAUCUGAUCACUUGUCCUUCCGAAAGUCCAUUCAAGGUUGAUAUUAAGAACAAUUUGACAGAAUCUUCGAAGGUUUCAAAGCUAUUGAAUUUCUUGCAACAGAUUCAGAGGUCAUCCUCAGGUGAAAAGAGUAUUGUCUUCAGUCAGUGGACUUCGUUUUUCGAUCUGUUGGAGAACCCAUUGAGGAGGACAGGAAUUGGAUAUUUAAGAUUUGAUGGUAAACUGUCUCAGAAACAGAGGGAGAAAGUUCUGGAUGAAUUUAACGAGACAAGAGAGAAAAGGGUUUUGUUGAUGUCACUAAGGGCUGGUGGUGUGGGUUUGAACUUAACUGCAGCCUCAAAUGUUUUCAUUAUGGAUCCAUGGUGGAAUCCUGCAGUUGAGGAGCAGGCAAUAAUGAGAAUUCAUCGUAUAGGACAAAAGCGACGAGUAAUUGUUAGAAGAUUCAUUGUGGAGGGCACAGUGGAAGAUCGAUUGCAGCAAGUGCAAGCGAGGAAACAGAGGAUGAUAUCCGGUGCCCUCACCGAUGAUGAGGUUCGGACUGCUAGGAUUCAAGACCUCAAAAUGCUUUUCUCAUGA